AUGUCGGAGCAACUAGAGCAGGCAAAUUUACCUCCUGGGUGGGACUGCAGAUAUGACCCUCGGACAGGGCGGUACUAUUAUGUGAAUCUUUUCACCAAAACAACAACAUGGGAAGAUCCUCGGGCUAGGAUUCGACAACUUCAGACAGGAGCUCCUUUACACAUUUCGAACGACAACAUCUCAGUGCAGCAGCCAGUGCAUGGUUCUCCCUAUCAUGUUUACCCAUCAAGUAACUCGUUCUACCCAGCUCAGCAAGCAUUCCAGAACCCACCCUCCGGUGUUCCCAGUUUAACAGCUAGUCCUAAUUUUGCUACCAAGCUACAACAGCAGCAGCUGGAACUGGCACAAAUGGCACGAUCUAGUCCCCACACCCCAAGAAUGGGUCUCGGGCGCCAUGCUAUGCAAGAAACUUCUUUCUCCAGUAAUGCGAGUGCCGCGGACACCGAUGCCACUGUUGCCAAAAUCAAUUUAAUGUUCCCCACCGUCCCGGAGACCCACAUCCGGAUGCUACUGAAGAAAUACUACAAUCGGGAAGCGGUCGUAAUCAGCGCGUUACAGGUGGAGAAACAUCCGCUAACGACACCGGGACCAUACUCAACGCCCCCUCUGCCGCAACGUCACUUCCACAAUACGGCCAUGGGCGUGGUAUCGGCCUUCCAGAUGACUCCGGUGUUGGGCGGUCGCAGUGAAGUUUCGACAUCGCGCACCGGAAGUCCCAUCCCGCGGCCGGCCAGUUGCGCUAGCGGAAGUUACUACGGCUACCAGCAGCACGGAUCGCCUCGCAACAACGGAAUCGACAUCCGGUACAACUCGCCGAAACCGCACUCGUCACCCAAGAUGAAACUGAGAUAUCUGAAAAGUUUUUUCCCCAAAGCCGAGGAAACCUUGAUAUUAGACAUCCUGGCCAACGCUGACAACAAUGUCCAAACGGCAUCGCAGCAACUUAUAAAACUUGGCUACGAAAAGCGUGAACAGCAAACCAUCAAGAGAGGUUCAUCCCGGAAGGAUUCCGAAAAAGAUGGCCGAUCAUCGCAGACCGAGUCCAGGCGGUCGGAGUCGCAAACGCCGACACCGAAGCCGAAGACACCUGAGGAGAAGAAAAAAAUUAAAGCUCGCCUGCAGGCAAAAUACAAAGACAUUGCUGAGCGUAUAAUUUUGAUGGCACUUGAAAGUGUAGAUUAUUCGGAAGACCGUGCAAAACAAAUUCUCAAUAUUGUUAUUCAAGAGGACAAGGAGAAAAAGAAGAGCGUUAAAAUAGACGCUCCCCACAAGCCGGAGGAAAAUAAGGAAAAUGCCCAGACAAGUAGUGCAACGCCAAGCCGAUGCAACAGCACAUCUUCCACCCAACGAAUGCGCACCAAGAAAGGUAGUGUUGGGUCCGAUGACCAUACCGGAACCGAACUUAUCGGGACCGACAAUCCGGUAGAUCAGCAGCAUAGCUCGCAGCCAGAUCCCGCCCGGGAUGGCGAAAUAACUGCCGAAGACAAUGAGAACGAAAACGAUACUUCCAUUGAAAUCACCACUUCCACCAAUUCCACUGCAAUCAUUAAUGAUUCACCAAAAUCACCACCUCCACUAGAGCAAUCGCCUUCACGACAGCAACAGCACGGCACCGAUUUAAACAACAACGACAGUAAUGCUAGCGCUGCACCGGCACCGGCGGCAGCAACGGCCAUCGUCAACGGAGGCAAGCCGAGCCGCACUAGAGCCAAGAGUGAUCACGCAAAAAGCUCCUCCUCCGAGGACGAAUUGGAUGGUCCAAACGGCACCGGUAAAUCGAUGAAUUCAUCAACGAAUAGUUACAAUGGGCAAAGGACUGCUACCAACGGUCCGAAUGCAAAACUGUUCAAGGGUCCCAACGAUGAUCUGCUACUAGCGGACUAUGUGACCUGGAAUGGGGCCAAUCCAGAUUUGGCCAAAGGAAGUCAGAAGCUUGCUCUCGGUCCGGAUCGAUCAAUUCGCAUCGAGCGGAACUACAAGGCAAUCGGGCCGAAUUCGGAACUCUGCAAGGGCCCUGCCGGGCUGGCAAAGGGCAGCAUCUUUGCUCAGCUUAACUGUGCAAUGAAGGAUGUCAAGUGCAACUAGGGGCGAUUCAGAAGCCGUUCCGAGCCCCGACAAGUGCACUCCAGUUGCUACUCUUAGGGGGUGUAAUGGCCAAAUAACCAUUCCGUACUAUAGUAUUAACGUAGAUGUAUAGUUUUUCACUAUCUGUCCUAAGAUUCUGCUCGACAAUUUCACUCCUGUCUCGUUGACGUUGUUCUGACAUGACGAGUAUUGUUCUAACGAAUCUUAAAAAUAUACAAUUUGCAAUAAACUUCUCCAUCAGAAAAAAUAACUUAAUUACUUUGAGUGCUAACAAACUACUACAACAUACAAUACUAGAAAGAGUAAGCUAUUUGUCUUAAUCAUCACUAUAUGUCUUGUAAGUUUGAUCUUUUUUAAAACAAAGUCUAUAUUUUCUACUGGAAGAUGAAAACAAUGUUACAAUAAAUUUCCACAUAGGCCGGAAUUCUCUUACAGAGUUUACUGUGUAUUGUAUAUCGUAGGAAUGUGUAGAAGAUAAUAGCUCUACAACCUAUAACAUGAAUUGCCGUGAUUUAAAAUUUCGAACCUUCAAUACGUAGCUCGUGAAAUUCUUAGCACUAACGACGAAAUUCGGUUUCUCUUGGCUGAUUCAUUAUACUGUGAAAUGUAAAAUCAACUUACAAUUAUUUAUAUCAAUUUUGUUUUGCCAUCAAAUUGUGAUUUUUUGUUGUUAUUCACCGUAAAAGCAAACAUUCCAUUAAAGUCAAUACAAAAAAAUGUCUAGAUCGAAUCAAUUAUUACUGAAAGUAUUUUUAUUUACAAUUUAUGUUAAAAAUAGAGAUUGUAAGCAGUAUUAAUGCAAUUUAAUUUUAAACGUAACUGUCAUUGUUAAAUGCAAAUGUGCAAAAAGCAUUCCUGAAAAGAAAGAAGAGGAUAAAUUAUUAAAUUUCCACUAUUGUCAGCAAAGAGAAUCGAAGUUACAAACAACAGCGAAGUAUAAAAACGUUAUUACCAUAAUGGAUGCAUCAAAAUGCAACAGCAUACAGUAACGGCUUCGUCACUAUUAGAUGAGUUAGUUAGAAGCCGAAAUAGGGUGCAGGGUAAUAGGCCACCAACCAGCUGCUCAAUUCCCGGACAACCAUUGCCUUGUUACUACAACUUGAAACAUUUGAUAUUAGACAAAGCGGCUAAAUACGUUAUUUUUAUCUAAUUAAAUAAAAUAAGAAAGAAAAUGUGCAAAUUUGCAGCAAAAAUGCUAGAAAUGUUAGCAAGUUCCACUGAAACGCAAUGUUACAAUCCACUGAACGAAAAGUUUCCAUUAAUUAAACUAUGAUAUAAGAUAAAUAUUAUAUGCAGAUGUAAUAAUUAAUGACUUGUAUGUGAUAGUCUAACUAUUUUCCGAUUACCACGAAAUGAUUUAUAAUAUUUUGUGAAAAUAACAUACAUUUAAACUAGCCUAAUUCGAUCCGUAAUGUACUGGAGUAUGAAAUACUAUCUUGCUAUAUUUGCGGUCACGUAUAUUAGUAUAAGCAAAAAAUUGUACCUUAUUCGUCCCACAAAACUAUACACAGACUAAAACACGAAACAACAACACUUGAGCUAGUCAUGACAGAAAAAAAUCCACUCCGAAUUGCGUCCAUCUCAAAAAUUAGGAAAACGAUAAUUUGUAGAAAAUGUCAACAUUUCUAGCCCAUUUAUAGCAACAAGAAGCAACUGUUCCAGUGAAGAGCACACCCAUUUAUAUUUGCAGUAAUUAUCAACUAGAUGUAAAACCAAAAUUUUCAAAUAUAGAUUGCCA